AUAUACCUAAUGCUUCACGCAGUAUUAUUUUGUAGCAUAGUAGAGUUAGGUUAUAUUCUAAUGGUCGAAAUUUAAAAAUAUCAACAAAAAAAUACCAAGAUGUCGAGGAAAAAGCAUAACGUGUCAUAUAUUAAGCCGAAUGAGCCAAAAUUCUUACGUGAAUUAAAGGAACAAAUCGGAUAUAAGGAAGGACCUACGAUCGACACAAAGAGAGAAGUGUUACCACAAGCUUCAGAUAAUGAAGAAGAAUGUGAAGAAGAGAAGCCUGUUGUAGUUGUAUUAAAUUCUGAACAUUUGAGUGCAGAACAAGCAGAGGCAUAUAAGAAAAAAAAAGAAGAAGAGGAAGCUAAUACUCCAGCAGAUUUAUCUAAAAGAAUUAUAUUUAAAAAAAAUAAAAUAACAGAGACAGAAUCAGAUACAGCAAAUAAGCCAAUGAAAAAGAAGAUAAAGAAAGCAAAACAAGAAAAAGUUGUAUUAUCUUUUAGUGAUAAUGAUGAAGAUUAUUUAUAACAUUAUUUAUAUUAAAUACUUUUGUAACUAAAAUACAAAAGAUAUGAUUUUGUACAAAAUAAGAUAUGAUUGUACAAAAAUAUAAAUUUAAAAAUAUUUACUAUAAUAAUAAUACACAUUACAAAUAUGUACAAGAUAUAUAGCACAUAAUAAUUGGUGUAACAAUAUAUAAAUAUGUCGAUGGAAGAAUUUUGUAUAUUUAAAGUGUUAAAAAUAUUGAAAAU